CGUGGCAGCCUGCCCGACUGUUCUUCCUCACUACCACAACAACUUACAUAGACGUAUUUCCUUUGGCGUUUGUGCUUUUGUAGCCAUUUGCUCCUUUUCUGCUACCCGAAUUCCCCAACACGUCAGCGAGCCCACCCAGUCCAUCGGUUCCACCGCCUCUUGGCCCACGCAACCGACUCGAAGGCAGUAGCCAAGGACCCCAUACAAUACCGCCAAGAUGAUGAAAAUAUGGUCCAUGAAGAAACAACAGCAGCAAGACGAGGCUGCGGCUGCUGCGUCUAGCAAGAAGAAAAAGGUCACUCCGGCCCAACUGCGCACACAAAAAGAUCUCGAAGAGUUAUCCCUUGGCACAACGAUGAAGACACACUUCCCCAACCCAGACGAUAUCCUCAACUUUGAACUCACAAUCGACCCCGACGAAGGCAUGUACAAGGGUGGCCGCUUCAAGUUUGAUUUCAAGAUCAACCAGAACUUCCCACAUGACCCGCCCAAAGUCAAGUGCACACAAAAAAUCUACCACCCUAACAUUGAUCUCGAGGGCAACGUCUGCCUGAACAUUCUGCGAGAAGACUGGAAACCAGUGUUGAACCUGAAUGCGGUUGUUGUUGGGUUACAGUUUCUCUUCCUCGAACCAAACGCUUCGGAUCCGUUGAACAAGGAGGCUGCAGAAGACCUCAAGGCGAACCGAGAAGGCUUCAAGCGCAACGUGCGCGCGUCGCUGGGUGGUGGCACAGUCAAAGGACAGAGCUUCGACCGCGUACUCAAAUGAGACUCAUGGCAUAUCCGCAGGGCUAUCCUACAUCCCGCUGCGCAAGUGCCCAGCGCUCUUCCACGGGAGACUAUAUUCACGAGACACGACAUGGCAUCAGGGGUUUGGUGCAAAGUGAGAGGCGAAGGCAGUUACGAUCUGAGAAGGAUCAAGGGCAUGGGCAUAGGCAAAUGUAGGGGGCCAGCAUGUAUACGAGGACGUGGUAUGUUUGGGAACGGUGGUACAGCUUUUGGGCGCAUGUAGUUGGUCGGAAUUCUAUACCAGUCUGGCUUGAAAUUCAUAUAUAAAAACACAUCAUCCUCAACUCAUUCGUCGC